GUCGUGGUGCAACACAGGCAGUGGCGGCGGCGGCGGCGGCGGAGGCGUGAGAGUGUGUGAUUACCGACCCUCAGUCGUGGUGAUCGUGAUAUUGAUAUUAAUUUGAUAUCAUUAGAAUUAAUUAGAAAAGUGUUACUGUGUAAGAAGUGAGCUACAUAGUCGGGGGUUGGGGAAACCGGACAAAUGGCGGGCAAGAAGCCGUGGCGCCAUCUGUAAAAAUCCUGGUGCCUCCUUUUGUCAGGCAUUAUCAUCAUGCACGGAGAAUGUCAACGCCGGGCAGUGUCACGUAGAAGUCGCACAUAAACAUACAUUCUGAAUAAACGUUUUGUUGGUGCAGUUUGCCUCGAAAUACUCACAUCCGCUGGCACAUUGUCAAGUUGCCAACUAGAAACGAUAAUAAGAUAUGAUAAAAAAAAAUCCAAAUUGCAAUACACGAAAAGAAAAAAAAAAUAUAUAUAUAUAGAUACAGAAACACUCAUAACCUCCAGACUUCACGCCGAACAUAAAACAAACACCCAAAAAUAACUAAGAAGUCUUACAUGCAUGACACGUUUAAUAAGCGUCUGAAAACACAAACGCGAAACGAACCUGUUCAAAAUCUCCCGAGCGGAAGGAGUCGCCGGCCAUAGUCUGGUCCUCAGUCUAGUGGCAUCAAGAAGCAGUCAACAGUUUCAGGCUAUAAGGUCUCCCUAGGACUAAGUUAAUGAUGGCUUCACACCACAAAGGUCUUUCAAUCACAAUUCUCCUGUUGUUGUAUCAUGUAGUGGCUGGCACUAGUACUGAACCAUCUUCAGUCACAGAUAGUAGUACAGAACCAUCUUCAGUCACACCAGUUGAGACGACUCCAGAUAUUAGUACUGAACCGGCAAACAUUACUACCCCCACAGUCACUUAUCCGACCACGCCUGCGACCUCUAACCAUUCCACAGACCCGACCGACAUACGCAUACAGCCCGGAACAGACUGCCAAGCCUUCAUUCCAAAAUCAGGACAGUGUCGUUUCAACCGUUCACAAAAUGUGAACAUCUCGUCGUCAAACCCAUGCAUUUUCAAGUGUCAUUAUAAUCCUACCGAGCUCAGUCCGAUUCGGUUUGAAGUUCAUCUCGCCUACAAGCACCCAGCACAGAAUCCCACCUUUGUAACAGUUAAACAGAGGUACUUCAUCAAUUCUUGGACGCUGCCAAUUGUAUUUCCCGAUCAUGGAGAGAACCAGAAAUUCACCUCGAUAGAGAAGAUGCUGUGCCCUCCUACGACGAACUUACAGAAUGAAACCCUGGAAUUCUAUUUGACAACAGAGAGCACCCAGAAUUUAUCCUUUAUUUUGGAUGUUAGCAACCAGUCCUAUGUCCUCAGCAUGGGAGAGAAUGUAACUGUGAAGGCAACACCUGUUUCACCUUGGGUUAAGCUGUAUAAAUGGAACAAAGAGGACUCUAUCCUGGUUACUGCUGAUAGUCGAGACAAUAGCGAUACCGUCUGUGCCAUCCUUGCACUGCAGAAUGCAAAGUGUCCUGUUUAUGCUGAUGAAGCAGAAGUACGCGCUGGAGGAACUCAAUUUCAGACCUUUACAUCUCGAGCAGGCAUGGUAGCACGCAGGGAAAACUUUCCAGAUGGAGUACACAUUAUCGUGGUACCCUUACCUGAUGAUGACCCUUGUACAUUAGCAGUCUCAGAAAGAGCAAAUCACACAUCUCGUCAAAAGUCUGUGACUCUUCAGGUAUAUAGCCAUGCCACUAUAGCGUCUACGUGGUAUGUCUUCCUCUUAACAGCAGGAGUCAUGGCAACAGUCAUCUCUUCCUUCACUGCCCUUUCACUCAAGAUGAUCAGAAGAAACUUGCUAUCUGAACCUGUUGAUUUAGAAGAUGAGGAUGAGAGGAGUCUGCUUGGAGAUUCAAGUAAUUCUGGAACACGUGGUAGAAUCCGAGUAGAGGAAAUGGCAGGAGUUUCAGUGUUGCCUGGCGGUGAGAUUGGUGGGACCAUGUCAGAAGGUAGUCGGAGGGAAGGUGGUUCUCAUGAAAGACCGUUUGUGUCGGCAUCACUCUCUGAUGGUCACUUAUCACGGAAUGUUUCCAACGAACCAUAUGGAAGAUUGCAAAUAGAAAAUGGAUCAAGAGACCUCCAGCCACUUCCCUAUGCCAUACCUUCCACCUAUGCACCACAUCAUGCAGUUCUCAACUUCUCGGCAAGCUUCAACCCAAGACUUGUAUGUUGGUGGAAACGAUUGGCAGUCUAUGAAUUGCGGACGGCAGAUGCACAAGUUGCAGAGAUAGGCUUUCAGAAUAAUAUUCUGAUCAUGGCCGUAUUUACAGCACUUCCAACCACAGAACUUGUGCGAUCAUAUUUAAAGUUAUUGCUGUACCAUGGCCAAGAGGACCAAUGCUUCUUCAAUUCCCGCUGUCUGACGGCAUUCGGUACCCUGCCUGAUUUUGCUCGAGUCUUCACCAACAUUGGAUAUCUGUUGUGUGGUGCAGCUUUUAUUAUCAUAGUGAAAGAGCACAAGAAAUUUACACAGAACAUUCUCAGACAGUAUAGUGCAAAUAAUAGUGUUGGAGUAAGUAGGCACUAUGGAUUGUUUAUGUCUGUUGGUUAUGGGCUCUUCAUCCAGGGUGUCAUGUCAUCCCUAUAUCACACUUGCCCAAACAGCGUUACUAUCAGAUUCGACAUGAUGUUCAUGUAUGUGGUGGCAGUUGCUGCUGUUGUGAGCAUGUGGGGAUUCCGCCACGGUGACGUUACACACCACGUUUACCCCACGAUGGUUAUGAUCGGUAUGAUACUUCUGAUGGCAGAGGCACGAGAAUGGGUCAGUCAGGCAACCUUCUGGAGUAUUCUGUCACUGUUCUAUGUCUUCCUUAUGGUGACAAACACCAUACUGCUCUCAAAGUAUGGAGUUUGGUCUUUUUCUCCAUACAAGAUGCUAAUGGUGUGGAAGGGAUGGAGACCUGUUGCCGAGAAAUUGCAUAAUGAAUUAUGGGGUUCAGCAACUACAACCAAGCCACUGCAGAUUGUGAGGAUUGUCAUAGGACUGGUGAUAAAUUCUGCAAUUAUCCUGUUUGGUUGCUUAGCUGAUCCAAAUAUCUACAGUUACAUCCUCAUGGUGUGCCUCAUCAACAUGGGACUUUACUUCUUAAAUUAUAUAGUCGCAAAGAUGUGCGACAGGGAAAGUGUGAGAGCUCUUCCCACCAUAGCUCUGGGGUUAUCCUUGGUAUUUUGGAUCCUGGCACUAGUGGCAUUUUUCUUCCACAGCACCGAUUCAGAGGCUUCACCAUCUGUGUCCCGUGCCAAGAAUUCUCCCUGUGAGUUCUUCGGGGUUUUUGACACUCAUGAUGCCUGGCACCUCUUGUCUGCCUUAGCACUUUUCACGUUCUUUGUGGGUAUCCUGACUUUGGAUGAUGAUCUUUGCCACACAUGUUCAGAUAAGAUUCAUGUGUUUUAGAUUAACCAUUUGGUACUACAGUGGAAGCCUAGAUAAAUCCUCUUUUUCAUCAUUAAUUUAUGCCUAUUUAAAGUAUUUUGUUUGAAGUAAUAAAUCUCUGUUGUAGUAAGAUUAUUGAUGGUCAAAGAUAUUUUCAUAAGGACUCACAGUUAUAUACGUCUUGUAGCAUUAAAACACUACUGCAGGUACAUGUUGGUUUAUUGAUGACGUUUGCCAAAAAAAUAUUUGUAGUGCUUAUAUUUAAUUUGUGUUUCUCUGCUGUGGUUUUUAAGACUUUUCAUGUCAUUACGAUAAUUGAAACAUUUCUUUACUUGAUCGUAGGUCUUUAUGGAUAUUGAAGAAACUAUUCAUGUCAUGAUCAUUUCAAUUUGUAAAUACAUGAUUGUGACUGAACUGAAAUAUUUUUGUAUAUCAUUAUUACAUACCUGACUCUUUCUCAUUUUAUUUUUCCUUUCAUAAUCACUAUGAACACAUCCCAUUAUGUUUGUAAGUUGAAUCAGAGUAACUUAAGAGGUUUUCUGAUUUUUGUUUGUAUUGUGCUACAUUGAUACAAAAUUGCCAAAUUCAAAAUGGACUUCAAUGCUACGUAUUUACUUAAUGUUUGUAUUAAUGACACGAGUGAAUAAAGAAGUCAUGCUUGGA